CUCCGCUUUUAUCUGAAAACCCUUCGCCUUCACCGGAAUUCGAAUGCAGGCAUUUGUAUGCAAAGAUUCCCGUCGGCUCGGAUUGUGCUGUGCGCCAAAGGAUAGAGCCGAAGAUAGUCCUUGAAACCCACAUCAUAAGCCAUCUCAUCCCAGUGCGCGUUCACUACAGUAAUAUUUUCCUAUGACUACCUUCCUGAAUUUUUUACCAUUCCACUGACAACGAAGAGCGGAAGCACUUGUGGAUGUUCUUGAAUCGGCAGCUGUGGAAUUCCCGGUUUCUCAAGGACACGCCUCCGGAUUGGGAAUUCCGCUUGUGAGUGGUCCGUUGUGCAGCCUAGCAAGUGGCAAGUUCGUUGCUGUCUCUGCAGCAGCUCACACUCUGCACACACGCUCACAACAUACACACAUUGCGCACAGCGAUUGCCAUAAUAAAAUUUCCAGCUAUGGUGCGAGCGCGUCCGCUGCUCGACGUUCAUUAGCGUCUCACUUGUUUUUGCAGUUUUCCCGUUUUACACCUAAAUGUGUCUUUAUGAAUCCCCUGUUCAUACAUUUCCACAGCGGAAUCCAGUCUAACCACCCUGUAUCGUGUAAAAACGCGGGGUGCGAAGGGAAGAUUGCUGCUUGGCGAUUUUGGCAGUUCAUCUUGUAUAUACUUACUUGGCGUGCAGAUAUUUGACCGUGAAACGGUGAAAGUUUGACUAUUUGCACUCGUUCGCGGGUGAUCCAGUGUAAUGAGUCUAAUGCCGUGGGCUGAAUUGUCGUGCUGCCUGUAGUUUUAUUUUCUUGCCGAUUCUUCCAAAUGGCGCAGAAUAAAUCAGCACGGGCUCCUCCGCUGACGGGGACGUCGCGUCUGCUGCAGAAUUAUCCGAUGGAGCCCAUCGGAUCUCGGCCGAGUUAUGUGGGGGAACUGAUAUCGCUGGUCCGCGAUGGGACGGAGGAGAUUAAAUAUCUGCUGGAAGCAGAAUGUGACUUGCGUUUCAACUGCAAGGUGUGCGGAUCCAUUCUGCCCACCGCCCGCGCCUUUGUGAUCCAUAAACGCCAGUUCUGUACUUCGAAAUACAUUGACUAUCAGCGUAAGAACGUGGCCGUCAUGGAGCGACUAUCGAAUCUGGUGUCCUUUGAGGACCGCUCCCUGCAGACGGACAACCUUGACGCCCUGGAGCUCCUUAAUCCUAUCAAUGCGUCACUGCUGAUUCCCUUGCCUGUCGCGCCGUUGCACACCAACGGGUACGCAUUCAGCGAUCCUCCCAAUCCCGCCAGCGGCAGCACACCGCGCAGUGAUGAUAACGAGGAGAUGAGCGACGAAGCACAGGAAGUCGAUGUUCCUUUAGGUGUUGAGGUGGUAGUUCCUGCACGUCCUCCGGUGGACGGUGUGUACCGUUUCGGAAUGGGCAGUGCAAAUCUGCUGGCCAGUCGGAAGAAGAAGUACCGGACAAACAGUAUGGCGCCGCCGAAGAAGAAAAAGCCAAAACCUGUUCUGUUCACUUUUACUGAUGAGAAGAAUUGCCCGGCACCGCCAGCUGCCAUUUUGCCGAAGGCUCCACCGCAGAAGGUGACCCGCGUGGAGGAACCUGUUACCUCGACGUCAUCCUCCUCCAGUAUUGUGGAAGCGAAUGAUACCGCGUUAGCGCCGCGACCGACAGAAGAGGUAAAGCGCGGCGCAUCGUUUGCGCCGGCCGUCGAACGAACGCCGCUCCUUCCGCAAGGCCACGGACGGACAGAUUCGCCUGUUAAACGCUCCAGGCGACUCGCUGGGGUUCCGCAUAAUGCGGAAGACCUGAAUGGUCUCGGCCACUGCAGUGACCGUAACGAGCCGAAACCGACACCGGAACAAUCGGAGCGGAUGAAGGACAUCCGCGAUCCCCGCUUUGUUCGCAACCUGUUAGAGCAGUUGGCCGAAGUGGCAGACUAUGCCAGUAAAACAUGUAAAGAGUGUAAUCGAGUCGUGGUCAGUAUUUACAAUCUGGAUCGGCACGUUGCCACACAACAUCUGGGCCUACGGGAGUGCGAGUACAGUCUGAUCAGUAAAGAGUUGCGCCGUCUGCGACAAGAAGUGUACGGUCCGCUGAAACACGAAGACAGCCAGGAGACCUCGGAACCAACACUAUCCCGGGAAGUUUCCCAUGUGGACGACGUCCCGGGCGAGGAGGGUAAAGAGGAGGAGAAGAGUGAUACAGUGGAUGAGGAGAGUAAUGAGGGGGAACAUCAGAACGGUCUGGAUGUCCCCACAUCCACCAAUACCCCGUCCACCGAUUCGGAGACGAUAACCGAACGAUUGGCGGCUAUUACCCGUAAUCCGCAGGCCUUCAAGGAAAUUCUAACGGCCAAGGAGAAGGAGGCCGUGCAUGUGGAUUACACACUGGAUGAGCUAGUGCAGAUCCAUGCGCAGAUCCUGGAGGCGGCCGAUACGUUUCUGCAGUGUUGCCGACUGUGUAAUAAGCAGUUCUUCGACGUGUACGUGCUGAAUCGGCACGUGAUGACUGUGCAUCUGCGUCUGCCGGAGCGCAGCUGCGGGACGAUCAAUAAACUCAUCAAAGAACAGAUGAAACGCCAUCCACAGGCUUUCGGUCUGGCCGCUGAUGCUGAGAAAGCGGCGCCGACGACAAUAAAUACGACGAACGAUGCGUCCGGCGAAUAGCGUUGUUUUUUGCUCAGUGAUUAUGCACGGAAAGAUCGUAGCGGGGGAAACGAAGAGAGCGCCAAUGCGCAUGCGUGCACAUCUGUCCUGUUGAUCAGGGCUCUUUUGACCUAUUUUUACAGGUGAUCGGAUUAUGCUUGCAGGAUAAAGUAUGGAUUAUACCUGUCUUCUUUUUGUUUUCCACGGCACAAAUCUUGCGCACUGGCGUAUGUGUAGAUAUUAUCCAAAUGGAAGCAGUCCAGCCACUUCCUGUCGACCAAGGUUUGAUUGAUGUUAGUGCUUCCAGGAUGGAGGAUUUUUACACAGGAGUUUAAUAUACAACCCAUACGCGCGACACUCCUUAUAGGAUUGUACAGAGUCCUGUUUUUUGAGUUUGCGUUGAGCACGCUGUUGUGGCGUUGAGCACGCCAAGAUUCGUUUGCCGCGUAUACUGUUGUUUAUAUGAUUGAUCUGACUGUAUCGCUGAUUUUUACUUUUAAAUGCUUUUGCUUUGUUGCCUUUAGUGUUUUAUUUAAUUAAAAUCUGAAAUCGGUGA